AAACCAGUGUGACGUUUAUUGGAUAAAUGAUAAUGGUGGACCAGGCUUCUGGUAAGUAUCAAGUUGACGUGUGUGUGUGUGUGUUCAUAUUCUGGGUUGAGGGUGUUACUCGGUGGCUUCCUGUCACUGUUAUAAGCCUACAGCCUCACAUGAGGAAAUCAAAUCCACCAGUGUGCUUCUGAAGAAAAGGUUGAGAACAGUAGCCACUGUUAAUUUGUCAAUGUGUCUUUUACACGAGGACAGGAGACCGGGCUGCUAAGAUGGAGCGUUCCGAGCCUGGAAGGUGUCAACUGGACUGCAUGGACUCUGAAAUAUCAAGUACUCUCUCCAGGAUGUCAGUGGCCCGGUCCAGCCCGGGUACCCCUGAUCGACCUUCCGCCCCCGGGCCCCUGCAGGCACCUCUCGGCCCUGCCUUGGUCCAGUUCCAGCUAGGCCUCUUCAGGGAGGUGGUAUGGGUGCCUAGAGGGCAGCUCAGCUUUCACCACGCCAAGAGACUGGCGGCAGAGAUCAUAGAACGCAAGGCUCCAGACUGCAGUGUGGUGGGUGUAGGGGAGAAGGUCCUCCUGUUUAGACACCAGCCUGGCUCAGAACACCUCCUCCACAGACUCACAGACCAGGAUCCACUGCUGGACGGUGACCUCAUAGAGGUCAUCCUCUCAGGAUCAGCUGCUGUGACGGAGAUGAAGAUCCGCCCACACACCCUGGCUGUCCAAUCAUAUCGCACCCCCACCUUCUGUCACCACUGUGGUGAGAUGCUGUGGGGACUGAUACGUCAAGGGUUAAAAUGUGAAGGUUGUGGGUUAGACUUCCAUAAGCGCUGUGCGCUGCAGUUGCCUAGUGACUGUAGCCGCGCACGGCGUCGUGUGUGUGGCCCCAGCCUGUCCCUGUUCCCCCCUGGCAGGCCCCGGACGCACUCCCUCUCCACACCUGCAGGAGGCAGUCUAGAGGAGAUCAGCAUGUCCAAGCCCAGGUCCAGACCCCCGUCAUGGACAGAUCACCCGGUGUGGCUGGGGUUGGGCCAGGGAAAGGAUGGUGAGACUGGCAGGGCCAGGGUGCCCCACACCUUCCACAUCCACAGCUACACCAAGCCUACCGUGUGCCAGCACUGCCGCCACCUCCUCAAAGGCCUCUUCCGCCAAGGCCUGCAAUGCACCGACUGUAAGCUGAACUGCCAUCGUCGCUGCGAGAGCUCCCUGGUCCCCGCGGACUGUCCUGGAGAGAGGAGGAACACCAAUGGGGAAGGAGACUCAGUGUCCAGUCUCGGCUACAAGAACGACACAGAGGAUGAUGAUGAGGAGGAUAUGAGCUUGAGUUUAACAUCACUAGAAGACGAUGACGACGAGCCAUCUACCGAGGUUCCAUUUGCUGAGAACAAGGAAGUGGGACAUCAGCCACCAAUCCUUCCAUGUUUCAGUAGUUAUAUUCCUCUAAUGCGGGUAGUCCAGUCAGUCCGUCACACUAAAAGACAGGCCAGUGGAGUACUGAGAGAGGGUUGGCUACUCCAUCACACCAACACUGACACACUGAGGAAACGGCAUUACUGGAUAUUGGACUGGAAGAGUAUCACUCUGUACCAGAACGAGAUCAACACCAAGUACUACAAGGAGAUUCCUCUAUCUGAGGUGCUGCAGGUACGAGGCCCCGCCCAGUUGUCUGUCCCCUUGUUGCCCGGCAACAGUGCCCACUCCUUCGAAGUGGUGACGGGCACGCUGGUGUACUGUGUGUUGGCGGGCCGGGACGGGCAGGCCUGGGAGACCGCCGUACGCCAGGCUCUGAUGCCCGUGCUGAACAGUGGGCAGGUGGACAAACUGGGACAAGACCAUGAACCCCAGAGUGGAAAAAGCCCGGAUGUCAGCUCAGUGUAUCAGAUCUUCACUGAUGAGGUGCUGGGUUCAGGACAGUUUGGAGUGGUGUAUGGAGGCACCCACAGACAGUCUGGUCAGCCAGUGGCCGUCAAGGUCAUCGACAAAACCCGUUUCCCUACCAAACAGGAGAGACAGUUGAGGAACGAGCAGGCAAUUCUACAGAAUCUGUCCCACCUCGGUAUAGUUCUACUGGAGGGCAUGUUUGAGACCAUGGAGCACGUAUUCAUUGUCAUGGAGAAGCUCCAUGGAGAUAUGCUGGAGAUGAUUCUGUCCAAUGAGAAGGGCCGACUGCCAGAGCGCACCACACGUUUCUUGGUUACACAGAUUCUAGAGGCCCUGCGCUACCUGCACUUCAAACACAUCGCUCAUUGUGACCUGAAACCUGAGAAUGUACUGCUGGCCUCCCCAGACUCUUUCCCUCAGGUAAAGCUGUGUGACUUUGGUUUUGCCCGCAUCAUCGGCGAGAAGUCGUUCCGCCGGUCGGUGGUGGGCACGCCGGCCUACCUGGCACCCGAGGUCAUCAGUAGCCAUGGUUACAACCACUCGCUGGACAUGUGGGCGGUGGGUGUGGUCCUGUACGUCAGCCUGAGCGGAACGUUCCCCUUCAACGAGGACGAGGACAUCAGACAACAGAUCACCAACGCUGCCUUCAUGUACCCACGCCUGCCCUGGUCUAACAUCUCACUAGAGGCGGUGAGUCUUAUCAACAACCUGCUCCAGGUUGCAGUAAGGUGUAGGUUCAGUGUGGGAAAAGCACUGGGACACCCCUGGUUACAGGACUUCCAGUUGUGGUGUGACCUGAGGGAGUUUGAGAAGAGAAUGGGCUGCAGGUACCUGACCCACGAGGGGGACGAGGACCGCUGGAGAUGCCACGCCUUGGACAGGGGCCUGGUCUUCCCCUCUCACCUCACCUGGACCUCCGGGCACGAUGACAGCCUGUGACCCUUGGCCAAAAUGUCAAAGGUGAAGGGUCGGACAAGAUGGCUUCUGGACUACUUGUGUGUUUCAGUGGUGUUCAGCAUAAACAACUGUCUGGAUGCUGUUAGUGGAAGGUGGAGUGGAGUCUGUUUUUAAAGCAGUCUCGUAGAAAAAGAUCACUGGAAGAGAUGACGACUCCGGAUUCGGACACAGUGACAAAUCCUGGACUUUACGGUGCCCUCGUGGUGCCAGCUCUUGAAGUGGUUAUUUUUUAAUAAAUCAUAAAAUUAAGACUG